AUGAGUGAAACUCAGAAGGCUUCAAGCACGAUGGACUCAAAACUGGCUAGGAGGUCAAAUAGAAAAAUAAAUAGCCACGAAAGUGAUGAAGAACGAGAAAAUUACAAUGAAGCUUGUGAAUAUUAUAGCGGCAAACAAGUGAAAAAUAAGCAUUUUGGUGAGAAUCGCGACGAGGGUUUAUCACGUCGUCGCUUAACUUCUGUUUCUGUCCACUCUGUUACUGAAAGCGAUGUGAAAAAGGGGUUUCGUAUUGCCUGCCUUAUUUGCCAGAGAAAGAUCGUCUGUCCUAAUAGCCGAUCUUCUUCAUUUUUGGCGUACUAUAUAUGUGAUGAGUGCAUAGAAAAUGAAAAGGAACAUACACGAAUCCUCGAAGCUGCUUUAAAGGAAAACAAAGAGAAGCUUAGGUCAGUGUCUGUUGGUUGUGCAAGUAUUAGCCCCUCUAGGUGCGACUGCAAGAAUUGUGUGCGGCGUCUUGAAGCUUAUUUUAAUAUUGUGAGAGUUAUGGAAAAAGAGAGACUUCGAGAAGUUGAGCUUUUGCGGAGCUACUGGAAUGACUUGAAGAAAAAUAUUCGUUUGAUGUUUCGAAAUGGUUUAACCACAGAUAUGUGUUCUUUAAAAGGGAAGAAAUAUGAUGUUGAGAGGCUCAGGCGACAUGUAGAAGUGUUAGUAUUGUUUACUGUAUUGGUCUUCAAUCUAGAUGAAGAUGUCUUUACUGGAUUUCAGAAAAUUCUGCAUUUGUGUUCAGGACCAUUAACUGAAAAAGACGCACCUCAAUUGUAUAGGCGUCUGGAGAGUAUUGGUUAUGAGCAUGUAAUGAAUUUAAAAUCAGAUGAUUUGUGGCAAAUACUGGUAGCGCCACAAGUUGUUCCUGCUUUGAUUAAAGUGAGGAAUCUCUUCGGCUUCAUAGAUAAUGUUGAACUGUAUGAAUUUAUCUCGGGAAAGCGUCACUUAAGCGAAUCUGGAGCUAAUAAUGAGGAGAUGGAAUUGGAAAGGGCUAAAUUGUUCAUUGCAUCCCUUCUCAAAAGUUUUAUGAGGCAUCAAGAAACCGUUCAGAAUAUGUCGUCGUUGUUAGCUCCCCUGGAUGAAAAAUAUUUUAAGCAGUUUGGUAUAAGCUGGAAAGUUGUAAAUCACCGGAUUUUCGACAGGGUGAUUUAUCAAGACGAAUUAUUAAUAAAUUAUCUUCCAAAGAUGGAGAAAGUGCUAAAUAUUGGUACCGCUUAUAGAUGUGAUUUAAUCGUGCCUGAAGAAUCUAAUGAGGAAAGUAUAAAUCGUGCUAAGGCUGAGGCUGCACGAACGGAUAUUCCUCCUGUAGCACUCGAGCUUGCUCGUCGCUUUCGUUUUCUUCAUAAGCUGAUGAUGACGAGUCGUGAAAUUUUCAAGAAAGUAGAUGCAAGUUUAGUUUUGCUGGUUGAACAGCAGGACAUUUUGCACCAGGGAGAAGGAAAGUUAACAUUGAGCGUUUUUAGUGAAAAAUUGUCUCGACAAGCAAAGCAAGAACUUUUCGAGGAGAGUAUAGGCUUUUACGAAGCCCAGCGUAAGAUGAGGCGAAAUUCCGCAUCAUACAAGAAAAAUUUUUAUAAGUGGCAUCCGGAUUUUUGUUUCUCUGGUGCGAUUGAGGGACCAUUUUUCGAUGAAAUUGAUAAUAGCGAUUCUGAUUCCGAUGGAGCGAAUCUGACACGUCGAAUCUACGAGUUAAUUGAGGAGGGACCUCCAGCCUCUGUCUGUGUCGGCGAUUUUAUAGCGAUGAAAAAUACUGUAUUUAACUUUAUAGUUAAACCAUUCAGGUUAAGCAGAGCGCUAAAAUUAGCGGCAAGCUGCCUUAGGCCAAUGUGGUCUUCAGAGGGAGAACCUUUGAUGCAGAAGGACGUUCCAGGAUUUUAUGCAAGGCAAGCUGUAGAAUGCAUGGAAUUCUUUACAUGUAUUCUAGCGAAUCAUAAUGGCGAGGUUGUGCCGUGUAUAAAGUGUCGAGAAUGCUCUAUACGACAUUGUUCUUGUGAGGACUGUCGGAUAACUCACAUUUUGACCUGCGGGAUACUCGAACAGGACCCUGAUUUGUCUAGGAAUUAUAUUUGGGUGAGCGGAUUUUCAUUAGUUUUGAUAUUUGGUUUUAAUAUUGCUAGAAAGAGGCUUUCGGAAUCAAGUAUCACUGAUGAGUUAUCUACCAGUGGAAAAGGGAGAAAAAGGAGAGCAUCGAGUGAAAAAUUUGAGUAUUUCGAAGCACAGGAAGCGUCACAAGCUCAAGCAGCAAAAGCGCUUAUUUCUUUUCACGACACUUAUGAUAGAAGAGAUACUGCUUGGGGUGAUUGGCAAGUGCCGUAUCACUACUAUCGGAAUUUUGAAGGCAUAGGAGGGUGCUUGAACGAAAAAAGUAGGACAGGGUGUUCCGGACCUCAUGGAAAACGAAGUUAGUU